UUGCUUGCUUUGAAAGAUAAUACCUAUAUAGGAGAGAUGAAUGGAGGAAAAGGGAGAGGUGUUCCUUCUGAUUUAGACUAGGAGUAUACUGAGUCCAUUGUACCAUUUUUGCGAGUGUUCAGUGAUGCCACUAUACGUGUUUCUGGUACCUUAUAUGUUACCAGUAAUAUGUAUAUGAAGGAAGUAUUUGCAAUUGGACGAUUUAUUCGUCAUUCUUGUGAUUCUGUUGAUUUUAGUACUAUGUCAAUGGCAGAAAGGAUGAGGGUUAAGUAUGAGAAAUAUUGGAGCAAUCCUGAUUCGGUGAAUAUGUUGUUAUUGAUUGCUAUCAUACUUAAUCCAAUGCAAAAGAUUGAGUAUGUCAAUUAUUUCUUGAAUUACUUAUUUGGAGAAGAAAAAAGAGGCGAAUUGAAGUCAAAGUUGUCCAAGUGCAUAAAGUUACUUUAUCAGCAAUACCAAAGUUCUGAGGAAGCAAGUGAAGCUGAUACGCAAGAUGUUCAAGCCAACAACAUUAAUACCGAUCUUCAUAGUAUAGGCUUUUUUCUGCAAGCAACCGGUCGUAGAACAAAUACAAGAUCUGAACUUGAUAGAUAUUUACAAGAAGAAUGCGAGCCAUACUCCCAUAAGUUCGAUAUACUAAACUGGUGGAAAGUCAACUCAACCCGAUUUCCAAUUCUUGGAAAUAUGAAUCGCGAGGUAUUGGCUAUACCUGUUUCUAUGGUAGCUUCGGAGUCUGUAUUUAGUACUGGAGGAAGAGUCUUCGAUCCAUACCGCAGUUCCUUAACACCUAAAAUGGUAGAGGCCUUAGUCUGCACAGGAGAUUGGCUUAAGGAAGAUCUUUUCUCUGCUUUAGAUGAUGAUGGUGAAGUUCUUCAACAAGUUGAUCAAGAUAUAUUUUCCUCUAAUGAUGGUGCUUGUUCUAUGGCGGCAUCAAUUGAUAAUCUUCAUGAUGACUAGAUAUAUUUUCCUCAAAGGUUGUGGUUGUUUGAUGAUUUUGUUGGCAACUUGCCAUCUUUUGAUACUUUGUGGUUGUUGUUUUAGAGAGAUUUUUUGGUGGUAUUCUUUUGAUGUUUUGAGAAUGAUUAAAUGUUAUAUAGAUUAUCUAUUGUCAUUAAAUUUAUAAAGAACCAAAUUCUAGUUGUAAUGAACCUAUACACUUUAAAAUGACUUUAGUAUUAAUUUUACUUUUAAAAAAAUUAUGGUUUGAAAAUUG